AUGUAUCCCCUUGGAAACAAUAACCAGAUCAGCCUAAGCACACAACUGGUUCAGCAGUUAAUCCAGUUCCAGGGAUGCUGUCAAGACUGUCAUACACAGAUCCGCGUGAAACAAGAUCAAGUGCGAAAGUCAGAGCUCUCUCUGAGUCUCAGUGAAAUCAUCCAAUGGCCAUGUCCCGACGUGGUGGGUACCGCAAGAAUGGCACGGUCAGAUGAUAGUUGGAUCUCUGAAUGGUCUGCCACACAGCAAGAAAAACUAUUUUGUGGGAUCAGUCCUUCCGACUCCAAGGAGCCACCUCAUGUAAUGCUCGACCUCAGCCAGGAGCAUCUCAACCAAUCAGAUAUUACCUUUGACAUUGAUAGCGUUAGUGCCUAUCUAUCCAGCCUUGCUGCAGCUCGUUGUGGGAUCCGGUGGUAUCCAAGCCAGCCACCAGUCUCCUCCCUCCGAUCAAGCCUCCAUCUCGACCCUAUUCCUGUCCAGUAUGUUGACCACGACGGCAAGCACCACUCAGUCAAUGUACCGCUACAUCAGGUGAAUCAUAUUGCCCUGGGUCGAGUGGUGGGGCUUGAGGAUGCAUCUAUCUAUGUCUUCUUUCCUGGUCUUUAUCGACCUAACCAGCGGACCAAUCGACUGCGGGAUUAUGAAUUUCAGAUCUGGAUGGAUGAAAUUGUGCUCCCAGCAAUCCACCAGUGCUACUCUGGUUCCGAGUUGCAACAUUAUCCCUCAAGCUUCAGGCAUGGACAAGCCAAUUCCUGGGCCGCCUGGGCCGAGGGACGGUCAAUCCAUACACAGUCCCGUCAACAAUUGCUGAGUUAUUUUGUCCCCGCAGAGCAACUUAACCGACUAUGGGAGAAGAUGCUCCAAAUUAUCAAGGAAAGACAUCUAACUGGCUUUGAUCAUCUACUGUUGUUCUUAGACGCCAAGAAUUUGAAACUUUCCACUAAAGCCAGGACAUGGGCGGCAAUGAGGACCUGGUUCUAA